UCAUCUCGGCCAUCGUUGCAGGCAAAAUAUGGCCUUCAAUUCGUUGGUUUUCUCGACAUCUAGAGCAAAAUUCGACUUUCCAUCGAUAUUUGGUGCUCGUAAACCAUUGUUGAUUGCGAAAAUUUGCUGCUCAAAGGAUAAUAAUCCUCAGCAGCAAGUUAAUUUAUCAGUUCUUCGCUUCACACUUGGGAUACCUGGAUUGGACGAAUCUUACUUGCCAAGAUACAUUGGGUAUGCUUUUGGGGCGCUUUUAGUUGCGAAUCAUUUUCUGCGUUCGGAUUCUUCAUCAAUUGCCCCAGCUCAGCUUAGAACAGAGGCGUUAGGGCUAUCUCUGGCUGCAUUUUCUGCUUUUGUUCCUUAUGUUGGAAAAUUUCUCAAGGGGGCUAAACUAACUGAACCGAAAACCAUUCCAGAAGGUUCCGAGCAGAUCUUCGUCAUGUCACAGGAAAUUAGUGAUAGUUUGAAGCAAGAUUUGGCUUGGGGAACAUAUGCACUGUUGCGGAAUACUAACUCCAUAUCAGUGCUCAUCUCAGUUGGCGAUGCAUUAUGCGUGCGUGGCUACUGGAACAUACCGAAAGAUUUACAAAAACAAGAUGUUUCAGAUUGGUUUAGAGAGCAGAUUCGAAGGGUUGGAUUAUCCUACCUGAAGGACUCUAUGUAUUUUCAACAGGCUGCUGAAUCUGAACUGAAGGAGAUUUUUCCCCGGGGAACGAGAUCUGUUCUUGUGCAACCUAUCCUCGAAGCCUCGAAACCAGGCUCCGGCGAAACAGAGAAAAGCAAUGGCUUUGUUCUGUUGGCUUCUAACAUCGAUUAUGCAUAUACUGAUAAAGAUCGAUCAUGGAUAGCUGCCAUUGCCAACAAAUUCAAAGGGUAAAAAUGACGGUGCAAUGAACAGAAAUCACAGUUGACGUGCAGUUUGAUCGUUUUAUUCUUCAUGGGAAUCUCUUAACCGGCCAUUGGAGAUUGCCGGGAACAUACACAUAUAGCUCCCUUCAUCUUCGCUGCUCUUUAGAACCAAAUUCACCGAUCUUAACAUUAAACACUUCUCUCACAUGAACAGGUGAAGCAAACCAUCUAGCUCGGUUGGAGGCCAGGAAGAGCAAAACCGCGUACACGGCUACACGCUCAAUCAACACCAGAACCAACCCGAUUUCACCCGGGCACGCCCGAAAUUGGCAUCAUGCAUCAACAUGUAAGUCAUAUUUCAAUUACUGCCCAGUUAACUAUAAGAUUGCCUGUGUUUCUAAAUCAUUCAAUUUGUUCUGUGCUGGGAUAUUUUUAGGCUAUGUAUACAUACAUCUAUAUGUAUAUAUAUAUAUGUUCAAUGUUGAUUUGCAGUUCUUGCUCAAUUUGCAUUAUGUUUGUAGGGACAUAGGAUAGAGCAUUAAU